ACACAGUUCCCCUUCUUUGGAAGUGAAGCAGAAAUGGUGAAAUCAGGACAGGUAUUCACUACAGCCAUAGUCACAGAGUCGGAUUUUAUGAAAAGGGCUGAGACACUUAUCGAGGAUUUGGAAGAGGAGAAACAUCUGCGGUUAAUAAUUGUGGUGGUGGUCCUGGGGCUGAUUUUUGCCAUGGUUGGAGCAGGACUGACAAUGUUCUGGCUAUGCAGGAAGACAAACCAGAAUGCUUACCGCCGAAACCGAUUUUACAACCUAUGGACACUUCGAUCCACAACUUACAGUGGUGAUGGCGACAAGCAAAACUUAGUCUGAUAUAAUGUGAAUAUUUUAAGAUGAUGUAACUUUACCCGAAUAUAUGAUUAUUUUGUGGGAGUUUAUACGAAAAGAAUAUUGAAAUGACAGAAAAUGCUUGUCAGAGUGUAGUAAAGCAGUAUAUCAUAAAUGAAGUUUCUGUUUGCUGAGUUAUUCAGCUCAAAAUAGAAGUAAUUGUUACAGUAUACGGGUGUAAAGUUUUAAAAACUGGGGUUUUUUUUGUUGUAAGGGUGUAUAAUUUCACAUCCUCUGGUAUUGUAUCCCAUGUUUGAAAGAUUUCCUCUAAGAAUAAAUGUUCCUUCCCUGAU